AUGAAGUUCCUCUCGCUUCUCGCCGCCACUCUCGCCCUCGUCGCGACCAGCGCCUCCGCUGACCCCAGCGUCGAAGGUCUCAACCUCCCCGCCAUGUCCAAGCACCCUCUCUCUAUGCAGCGACGCGACGCCAUCCUCAACCGUCGCAACCCCGCUGCCAAGCCUCGCAUCGUCAAGCGCCACUCCAGGGGGUCCAAGCGUUCUUGCAAGGCCAGGACCACAAACGCUGCCAACGGCGUCGCAGCCAAGACCGACGCUUCCUCGCAGCAGAACAACCAGAAGCACACCACCACGCAGGCUCAGGCUCAGGCCCAGUCGCAGUCGGAAGCAAAGUCGCAGUCGCAGUCCGAGUCAAAGUCACAGUCUGAGUCCAAGUCGGAUUCCAACUCGAGCUCCAACUCCAACUCCAACUCGAACAGCAACGACUCGCAGUCGUCGUCUUCUGGCAAGACCGACUCCAGCGCAGGUUCGAAUGCCAAGGCCGCCUCCACCUCCUCGUCAUCUUCCUCGUCAUCCUCCGCGGCAUCUGGCGCUGGUCUCUUCGGUGUGGUCGCCGGCAACUGUGGUGCCAGCGGUGCCAACAACGAUCAACCCAACGGCUCCCAGAGCUGGCUCAACUGCGGCGUAACCUCGGGCGGCUGGAACCCUCCCAAGCUGCAGCUCGACCAGCUCAAGAUCAUCUCGUCCACCCAAGCCGCCGAUUCGCCCGUCUUUGCGCCCUGCAAGGACGUCCUCUGGGCCUUCCAAGCCGCCGAGAAGGCGCACAACAUCCCCGCCACCGUCCUCAUGUCGUUUGCCAUGCAGGAGUCCACCUGCAACCCCGGCGCAACGGGCGGCAACGGCGAGCAGGGUCUCAUGCAGAUCACCCCGGACAAGUGCGGCGGUGCGCCCAACGGUAACUGCAAAGACCCCUGGUUCAACGUCGACACGGGCGCAAAGUACUUCAAGACCGUCCUGGACCAGUCUGGAGGUAGCGUGCUCCAGGCGAUCGGCCAGUACAACGGCUGGCAGAUCGGUCUCACCGUUCAAUCAGCCACCGCCGCCCGAUGGCAGGGUCAUUGCUUCGCCCAGAACAACCUCGACUACCUCUACCAGAUGCUCAACGGCUGGUUCCUCGGCAAGGCAAACACGUACAGCAUGGGCACCUACAAGAACCUCGCCAUGUGCUGA